AAUUCUGGGAAGUUGAUGAGCAGAUAGAUAACUACAAGGAAAGUCAAUACAGACCUCUGUGGCAAGCUGCAUUCAUAGACCAGGAAACACUGAAAGAUGAAAAUGUUCAAGAAUGCAGAACAUACAGAAAAAUCAUUUAUCUAAGCAAAUUCUUUGUUUCUAUAACACAAAGAUACCCUAAAUAUUCAUGGAGAAGAUGUUUAAAACAACAAAUAAAAAAUAAAUUUAAAAAUAGAAGCUUUGUAAGAAGGAUAAAUUACAGAUGUAAGGUAAAUUGGAAAUUAUGUCUCCCUUCUAAUCUUGAUAAAUCCUAACCUGCAGAGAAAUCUGUUGAAUCCAAUCAACAAGGAAAAGCCCCCCACCAGUAGCAAUAAAAUAAAAGCCAGAGAAUUCAAACUGGGGAGAAAUUCUAUGAAUGUACUGAAUAUAGUAGAGUGUUUAUCCAGAAAACCAACCUUGUUUUCCAUCAAAGAAUUCACACUGGAGGGAAACUUUAUUAAUGCUUUGAGUUUGCAAAAGCCUUCAGUCAGAAGAUAGGCCUCACAACACACCCGAGAACUCAUUCAGGAGAGAAACCCUAUGAAUGCAGUGGAUAUGGGAAAGCCUUUAUCCAGAAGGCAACUUUUAUUAAACAUGAGCAAACUCACAUAGGAAAGAGACCAUUUGUAUAUGGUGAAUGUGCAGAAGCCUUUAAGAGUUCUUAUCAUCUUAUUAGACAUGAAAGAACACAUAUUAGACAAGCUGCUAAGUCCAGCAUUAUACAUCAAAUGUCUCACACAGAUGAGAAACCUAAGUGCAGUAAGUAUAGGAAAACCUUUGAUGAGAAGCCCAUCACCAUUAAACAUCAGAAUACUAAUAGAAAAGAGAAACCUUGUGAGUGCAGUAGAUGUGGGGAAAACUUCAAGAGAAAGUCACACCUCUCUGUUCAUCAGAAAAUUCACCCAAAAGAAAAACCCUAUCAAUGCAGCACAUGUAGGAAGACUGUUAGUGCAAAAUCACAUCUGUUUGGCCAUCACUGAAAUCAUACAGGAGGGAAACCCUACAAAUGAAGAAGAUGUGGGAAAGCUUUCAGUGAGAGGCAACCUAUUGUCUAUUAGAGAAUUCAUACAGGAGAGAAACCCUAUAAAUGCAAUGAAUGUAGGAAAUUCUGUGAGAAGUCACCACUGAUUAAACAACAGAGAAUUCAUAUAGGAGAGAGACCCUAUGAAUGCAGUGACUUUGGGAAAGACAUCAGUAGGAAGUCGACUGUCAUUAGAUGUCAGGGGAUUUAUACAGGAGGAAAACCCUACAAAUGUAGGGAAUGUGGGAAAGCCUUCCAUGUGAAAUCAGUUCUCCUUGCCUAUCACAGAACUCACAUGGGUGAGAAACCUUUUGAAUACAGAGACUGUGGGAAAGCCUUCAGUAGUAAGUCAACCCUGAAUAAACAUCAGGUAAGUCACACAGGAGAGAGAAUGUACAAAUAUUCUCGAAAAGUUAGAUAA